AAAUGCAGCGCAAUGGUGAUGUACUCCGUGAAAUGGCUCGUCAUCAACUGCAGUACAACGUCUACGAUUGGCCGAGAGAUUUUUGCGCGGUGCAUUUCAGCCAAUCAGAGCUUUGUUUUCGCGCUCGUAUGUAAAGCCUCUGAUAAAUGGCGAACGGAAGGGCAAACUGUAAACAAAUACAAAAGAACGGGAAAUUUUUAGGCGAAUUGUGACUUUUAAGGGAAAAGUAACUCAAUAUUACGAAUACUGUGUCUAAAUACAAACGGAAAUAUUCGAUAUGCGACCGUGAGCGAGAAUUUAAACUAGCCUCACUGAGCGUUAGGAAGCUAACGUUACCUAGGCCUGCUGACAUUUGCGCAGACUUGAAAUUUGGCAGUGCUGUAAUGCGAACGCGGGAUCUGGAAAGAGACCCGCACAGUUAACACCAUUAUAAUUUAAAACCCGUUUUAAGAUAAUCAUAUACGUCAAAGUUACAACCAGUCGGUAUCAUGAGUACAAACUCGGACAACAGUCAGCCGUCCGAAACUAACCAGACGAAAAGAAGUGCAAGUCCAAGUGGAGAAUCUGAGUCCACGCUGCCCAAGCAGGCGAAAGUAAGUGAUGAGGAACCAAGGAAUGACUCUCAUGAAGAUGCAGGACCUGAGAAAGUUGGCAAUGAUGAGCCAAAACAUGGAUCUGCCGCGCAGGAGAGCACAGGACAGGCUGGUGGAGAUGAGAGCGGGCGCCAGCCGUCAGAUUCCGCUGCUAUCGCCGCAGCAGAAGCGCUUGCCAGUCUGACCCGUGGAGACGUGGACGAAGACUGUAAAGAAAUGGCCUGUUCGUCCAAAAAAGCGAGUCGAGAGAAAUCUAGGGAUAAGUCUAAUCGUCCCGGUUGCUCUCAGAGCGAGAGAAGGACGGAGGCAGCCGCUGCUGACAGCUCCUCAUCCCUGCUGCUCUGCGAGGACAGAGAAGAUCCAGAGCAGGCAUCGUUUGUGGAUGAUGAUGAGGAGGAGGAGGAGGAUGACGACUCCCUUCCUGGCUCUUCCUCCACGGCUAGCUCGUCUGUCGCCUCUGAUAAUGAGGAUAACGAGGACGGUGAGUGUGCCAUAGUGUCGGUGAAGAUGGCCCCGGAGGUGCGGCAGUCCGUGGCGCUGCUAGCACAGGUGCAGAUGCGGCUGGAUGCGCUGGAGAAAAAAGGCGCACGUCUGCAUCAACGCCUGGAGUUGAGACUGAGCCGCCAGCGACGCCCUCACCUGGACCAGCGCAGCGCCAUCACUCAAGCCAUCCCAGGCUUCUGGGUCACUGCUCUUCUGAAUCACCCACUUCUAUCAGCGCAAAUCGACGAGACUGAUGAAGAUGCUCUAAGCUACAUGACUAAUUUAGAGAUUGAGUCUUUCAAGAACAACAAACUUGGAUACCGCAUUUGCUUCCAUUUCCGGCGAAAUCCCUUUUUUCAAAACAAAAUGAUAGUGAAAGAACUUCAUCUUGGUAUGGGAGGCUCUCCGGUGUCGUUCUCAAACCCAGUUUUGUGGCACAGAGGGCAGAAUCUGGUCGGUAGUGGAGAACCACGUCGAACAUCACAGGGAGUCUACCAGAGCUUCUUCCAUUGGUUCAGUGACCACAGCAAUCCAGGAAGGGAUGACAUCGCACAGAUCCUGAAGGAUGACCUGUACAGAAAUCCUUUGAGGUACUACCUGACUCCACUCUGGGAGCCACGAGAGAAUGGCAGCAACGCUCCCAAACGUCAGGGCAGCAAUAAUGGAGACGAGUGUGUGAUCAUCUCCGAUUCAGAUGAAGAUGAGGAGAAGAGCCAAAACUUGGGGCAGGAGGAUGAAGAUGAUGACCAAGUUGGAGGCUCAGAAGAGAAUGACAGAGAUGAGGGGGAAUCCUCCUACGAGGAGAGAGAGGAAGAGGAAGUGGAUGUUGAAGAAGUAGAAGAGUCACGUGACUCCGGUAGCUGUGAGGUCCGAGUGCAAGGACAGGAAGAGGAAGAUACUGAUAUAGAUGAAGAGAAGAGUUAGGACAUGGGGUUGUCGCCGUUUCUUUUUAUGCAGAAUAGUAUCAUUCGAUUUUUCUAUGAUCUAUUUCAAUGAUAUUGUUUUCUGCAUAAAUUAAGAGUCCGUUUCAAAUAACAAGUGGUUAAUGAUGCUUAUUGAUCAGGGUUUAACUAUGUAUUCAUUGUAGAUGGUACUUUCUAUACAUCAAAGAUUAUGAAUAUUCAAAUUCAGUGUGUGCACUCCAAAAACAUCUGGUUUCCUUAAGGUGUCAUCCCGUUUUACACUUCUAACUUUGCGUUAACAGAUUUCAGAGGGCUACUGAUACCCGUAAGACACCUCUUUUAUCUCACAAUGGACUGUUUAAAGCUUGGGAUUAUAGACUGCACUUAGUUUAGUUUAGUUUUGUUCUUUGGCCAGUUUAGAGGGCUUUUUUAUGUAUGACAGUAUACAGUAGCAUUGUCCAUCACUCACAAUCAUGACCAUUUAUAAACCAUACUUUACGGGCCUAAUCAUGUUUUUCAGUCAUUGCUGUAAUAUAUUUGGGUAAUUGUUUUUUGUGUUACUUUUUCAUCCUCAUCUACAGAAUUCUGACAUCAUGAAGCAAUUGGUUUUCUUGCCUUGUUAUUGUUCAUUAACUUUACCACCACAUUUUGGUUAUAAGGAAAAAGGUCAAACAUUCUGAAAUGCACUUCAUUCUGAACCAAAACUGGAUAACUCAGGGAUGUUUACUCUUUUAUCCUCCUUAUACUGUAGAUGGGUUUCCCAUCAUCAGCUUCAUUUA